UCGGUUUGCACCUGCAUUAAUCCUGAUAGGGCUGAGCACCACUGCGACAUCAUUUCCAAUGCUUCAUUCAUUCACGAGUCAACCAAACGAAGCGAGCGAGUGAAUUUCCAUCUGUGUAGUGUUACUGCAAAGUGCAGACACGUUCCAGCAUUUUUCUCUCUCUCUCUAUCUCUAGAAAAAAAAGUGGGAAUGUGAGAGAGAGAGAAGAAGAAAAAGCAGCAGCAGCGGAGAUGCCGAACCUAUUGACGCUUCGAUUUCUUCUGCUGUGGAUGGUCUUCCUCUGCUCUGCCUUUUCUGCGCGUUCAGCUCAACGAGCUUUCAAUUGAUGCGUAGAAGAAAAAAUGUGCGCGCGUGUCGCGGGGUGGUGGUGUUGAUGCUUGAAUCUGAGUAAUGCGAGGACCAUUUGCUAUGCGCAUAAGCUGUGGGGCUCGUCAUAAUGUUCAAACAAAGCCAACCACUACCCUUUGGUAUAAAGACUUUGGAUAUACGGGAGGCAUACCCACUAACGCAUCUAGAACCAGUUAUGUUUCCCCUCCACUUGACACCCUUCGCUAUUUCCCCUUGUCUGAAGGUCCUUCAAAUUGCUACAACAUUAAUAGAGUGCCAAAGGGGCAUUACUCAAUCAGGAUCUUUUUUGGACUUGUUGCACAGGCUAGAGAUACCAGCGAACCUCUAUUUGAUGUCUCAAUUCAAGGAACUCAAAUAUAUUCUUUGAAAUCAGGUUGGACCAAUCAGGAUGAUCAAGCUUUCACUGAAGCCCAAGUAUUUCUUAUGGAUGGUUCAGUCUCAAUUUGUUUCCAUAGCACAGGUCAUGGGGAUCCAGCAAUACUUUCAAUUGAGAUUCUUCAAAUUGAUGAUAAAGCCUAUUAUUUUGGAUCACAGUGGAGUCAAGGGUUAAUACUUAGAACAGUCAAAAGACUGAGUUGUGGUUUUGGGCAAUCAAAAUUUGGGGUGGAUUAUGGUGCAGAUCCCCUGGGAGGGGACAGAUUUUGGCAUCAUAUUAAAACUUUUGGUAAGGAUUCUGAUCGACCAAGAUCUGUUGAAACUAGAAUCAAACAGGCUUCCCAUCCACCAAACUUUUAUCCAGAAACUCUGUAUCGAUCAGCACUUGUUAGUACUAGUAGCCAGCCUGAUUUAACAUAUACUUUGGAUGUGGAUCCCAACAAAAACUAUUCUAUUUGGUUACAUUUUGCUGAGAUUGAUAAUUCAGUGACUGCCGUAGGUCAAAGGGUCUUUGACAUUAUGAUAAAUGGUGAUGUUGCUUUUAAAGAUGUUGACAUUGUGAAAUUGAGUGGGGGUCGUUUUACUGCCCUUGUGCUUAAUACAACUGUCACUGUUAAUGGGCGGACUUUAACAAUAACUUUGAGCCCAAAAGAAGGUGGUUUUGCCAUAAUCAAUGCCAUUGAGAUAUUGGAGGUCCUAGUGGCUGAGUCAAGAACUAUAUCAGAUGAAGUUAUGGCUUUACAAACAUUGAAGAAGGCUUUGGAGCUUCCUCCCAGGUUUGGGUGGAACGGUGAUCCAUGUGUUCCUCAACAACAUCCAUGGACUGGAGCAGAUUGCCAAUUAGACAAAAGUAGCACCAAAUGGGUCAUUGAUGGACUUGGUCUUGACAAUCAAGGUCUGAAGGGUUUCUUGCCAACUGACAUUUCCAGACUGCAUAAUCUACAAGUCCUAAACUUGAGUGGAAACAGCAUUCGUGGAGCUAUUCCAUCCUCACUUGGAAAAAUAACAAGCUUGCAAGUGCUUGACCUAUCCUAUAACUUCUUCAAUGGAUCAAUUCCUGAAAGCCUUGGACAGUUGACAUCAUUACAACGACUGAACCUUAAUGGCAACUUCCUGUCUGGAAGGGUCCCAGCAACUCUUGGAGGAAGACUUCUGCACAGGGCUAGCUUCAAUUUUACUGAUAAUCCAGGUCUGUGUGGCAUACCUGGGUUACCUACUUGUGGAGCUCACCUUUCUGCUGGUGCUAAAGUUGGUAUUGGGUUAGGUGCUUCGUUUGCUUUUCUACUUCUUAUUACCUGUUCAGUUUGCUGGUGGAAAAGGCGGCAGAAUAUCCUCCGUGCUCAGCAAAUUGCAGCGCGGGCAGCUCCAUAUGCCAAAGCAAGGACCCAUUUUUCACGUGAUAUCCAGAUGACAAGGCAUAAUAAUUAUGGCAAUGCUCACAAUGCUGCAGAGAACGGGCCUAUAUUGCUUUCAUCAUAACAUCCCAUUUUUCUGGUAUCCCGAGGACUAUCCUAUAAUAUUUCUGUUUUUCCUAUCUGAAAUUAACAUUUUAAAAUUAAAGUAUCCUAUUUAUGUGGCACGAAAGAAUGGCAGGGUAAUUUGAUCUUCUGAUGGCUGUUCCCGUGCUUCCCCAAAUAUUGACAGUUUCUUGGACCCCGUGAACCACACCUCACAAGCUGUUAACCCUUGUAAUUUGUAAAUCAAAAAUUUUUGUACAUCAUCUGUACCUUUUUUUUAUUUCCCACACCUUGUUUGAACUUCUAUACAUAAAUUUUUUUCUUUGUUUUUAGUAGAGGAUUUGCAACAUUUUAAAAGUUGAAAUGGAAAUAGAAAUCAUAUUGUUCUACAAAAGUAGGAUAAUCGAGGUUUGAUUUAACAUAAUACGUGCCACAAUUUUCCUUUAUAUCUUGUUUAUAUAUUUUUAUCUUAUGCGUAGAUCAUUCUAAUGGGCAGUAUGGCUGUUUAUGCGUGAUGAAAAAACAACUGAAUUGCCAAAUUAGCGU